CGAAAAUCAGAAACACGUCUAUCAAUUUUCCUUGCAGGCACCCAUUGACUUGUUGUUGUUUUCCUUAGGUUGUAUUCUGUAUCCCUAUACGACGUAGUCAUUUUCAUUUCCCUUUCCCUCGCUCGCAUGGAUUUCUUUGAAACAUGACUCGACUGUAUUUGGGCGCAGAGAACAAAAUUAUGGAGCUUUGCGUGAAGAUCAUUUCGCGAACACGAACAUGUUAAACCGCCCACACGACUGCGUCUUAGUAGCGACUCAGCUGUAAAAAUUUACCGAGCUUGUGGUUGCGGUUGUGCGAACAAAUACGAACACCCAACGUGGAGGAUAAGCCUACGCCAUGCAGGGUUCGUCUUUCAGCACCGCCGGUGCGCAACGCGGCCCUGCGGAGAGUAUCGCCGAGCUUCAGCGGUAUCCGGACCAGAUUCGAAACGUGUGCCUGAUUGCGCAUGUGGAUCAUGGGAAGACGAGUCUGUGCGACAGCUUGGUGGCGACAAACGGAUGGAUCUCUCGAAAAGUUGCUGGGUCCCUUCGUUUUUUGGACUCGCGAGAAGACGAACAGGCACGCAUGAUCACGAUGAAGUCGUCGGCCAUAUCUCUCUGCUACAAGUAUCAGGCGCUCAGCACUGAAACAACUACUUCUACCCCAGGCUCUAGCUCUUCUACACCCAGGAAUAAUGCAGGGCCACCAGCAAAACCAAAAGCGGAAGACAACAAAGGUAAUUCUCCUUCUGCACCCUCGGCGGAGGGAACAUCAACUACUGCACCAGGAAUAAAGAACAAGACCGAAGACGGCAAGCAGAAGUUUUUGAUCAAUGUCGUGGACUCGCCCGGCCACGUGGAUUUUACCUCCGAGGUCUCCACCGCCACGCGGCUCGCGGACGGUGCCAUCGUACUGGUGGACGUGGUGGAGGGGAUGAGCUCGCAAACGAGGGAGGUGUUGCGACAGGCGUGGCGGGACCAGCUGCGAACCAUCCUCGUCCUGAACAAGAUGGACCGUCUCUUCAUCAACCUGAAGCUCAGUGCGGACGAGGCCUACCUGCACGUGAUGAAGGUGAUCCAGCAGGUGAACGCGGCCGCCGCGGAAUUACUGAUGGCGGACGUUCUCUCGAAGCACGAUACUUCAGCGCAAACUUCCUCAUCAAAACAAACUACACCAGCGGAAAUAAAAUCUUCGCAGCAGGAAAAUGAACACGACCAGACAAGCUCGUCGCUCGACGCAGCUGCGCAGCAUGCGCUCGACUUCGACGAGGAAUUGGAGCAACGGUGGACCUACCACCCAGCGAAAGGCAAUGUCCUGUUCACCAGCGCCAUGCACGGGUGGGGGUUUUCCAUCCAGAAGUUCGCGCAUUUCAUGAGCCGCCGCAUGGGGUGCAGCGCCAACGUGCUGCAGAAGACGUUGUGGGGCGACUUUUGGUACCACCCCAAGGAACGCAAAGUGAUGCGCCGCAAGCCCACGGACGGGCCGGAGAAGCGCGUCAUGUUUGCCCAGAUGUGCCUCGACACCAUCUUCCGCUUCUACCAAGCCACCGGCACUUUUGACAAUAGCGACAACGCUGCCGUGUCAGGAGCCGGCGCCUCGCAACAACAGUCUACGAAAGACAAGAACCUACCGGGGAGCGUGGAUCUGCCUUUGCUGGAAAAGUUGUGUCGCCCAGUGCCGGAGCUCGCGCACGUGGAUCUCACAAAAUUACGGUCGGGUUGUGUCCGCGAAUUGCUGGGAACUUGGUUGCCGCUAGGCGACUGCGUGCUGCGCGCUGCCGUGGAGUGUCUGCCUGGUCCACGGGAAGCUGCGAAAUACCGCAUCCCCUUCCUUUUGGAAUAUCCCUUGCCAGCCGGUCUGGACCGCGACGGAGGUGUUGCGACUUUGCGUGGUGGUGGUACUUCUAAAGUAUCCGGAACUAGGGCGGCGGCGUCCUACCUUUCCAGUGCUGUCAGCACGCUGGCAAACAAGGUGGGAAUUACGACAAGCGCAAACGCAGAAGUUGAUUCCGCGACCGGUGCGGCGCUGGCAGCCGCGCUCCUCCAUUGUGAUGACGACCAUGGUAGCGGCAUCAGUACAGAAGUAUCAUCCACCACGACUGCGGUGGAAAAAAAUGUGCCCGCAGUUGCGUACGUUACGAAGUACCUCGGUGCCGAUUUGUCCCGGGGAGUUUUGCUCGGCGACCGUCUUGUCCACGGAAACGAAGAGUCCGAUUUUGUGGGGAUGUGCCGCGUGUUUGCCGGCUGUUUGAAACCGGGCAUGCUGAUGAUGCAGGCCACGCGGCGUAGUGUCCGCGGGACGAGUAGUAGUGGCAACACCAAAGCACGCAACGUCGACCAUCAGCAGGGACUGAUUGCAACACCACCAGAGCCCACGUCAACAAGUGCGACGAGUUGCAUCGCGGCUACCGACAAAGGUACAACUAAACACGCCGAUGCUCCUGCGGCUUUGUCGUCGGAGUGGAAGCAGGACCGGGUGGAUGCCCAAGCGAAAAUUCCACAGAUGGCCACCGUCUCGGGUAUGACCAGUCCUUUGGAAAUUGUGUCUCCGUCGUCCCGCGGAAGUCCGGCCGUGCUCGCCACCCCGCCGGACGACUGGGUUGUGGUCCCCGAGAACAAGGACCCGGAUGAGCAAGAUGUUGGUGUUGAUCGCGCCGGCGGCAGCUCCGCCGACUCCGCCGGUUCGGAGGAGAACAACAGUACCUCGGUGCUGCUGCGCGAUUGGACCACACUGAAAGUGGCGAAGGUGUACAUUCUGAUGGGCUCCUCCCUGAUGCCGUGCGAACAAGCGCCCGCGGGCUCCGUGGUUGCCAUCAGCUUCGAGAACUCGCGCACCGCGAUCCAUCGGACCGACCGCUACUUGACACUCGUGCAGCUGACGGAGGACACCCGAACCCGGAUGCGGAAAUUCAACCACGUUCUGCAGCAACACAAUCUGGCCACGAGCAGUGAUGGAGCUGCGAAGAAGCAGGCAAAUCAGAAGCUGGAGCUGAACGGCGCGAACUGGCUGCCGAUCUUCAAGAGUCCAUACGCCGCCCGCUCGUUUGCGAUUGUGAAAGUUUCCGUGGAAACCAAGCUGCUGGAGUACCGCGGUUUUUUGGAGCGGGGUCUGGCCCUGUUGCACCGUUCUGACCCUAGCCUGGACGUGGCGACCCGGGCCUCCGGCGAGAACGUGAUUGGGUGUUGCGGCGACGAGCACCUUCGGCGGUGUCUGAAGGAUCUGCAGCAGUUGUACCUGCCGCCGCACGUGGCGAUUUCGGUCAGCGAGCCGCUUGUCGCGCUCCGGGAAACCAUUACCGCGCCGAAGCCGGGUUUUGGCUCGGACCUGCUCACGCUGCCCUGGCAGAAAGCCUCCAGCCGGCCCGGGGCCGCCGGAGCGGGAGAUGGAGCGACUGCAAGCAGCGGGUCCUCGUCCGCGAGCGCCUCUUCUUACCCUGUGAUCAAGCACGUCAAGGAUCUGCUCUCCUUCCGCAUGCGCGCGGAAAAGCUGCCCCCGCCUGUCGAUGCGAGUGACGGCACGGCCGCCCAGGAGGACGAGACGGAGGCCCAGUUCCGGGAGCGCGUCGGCGCCUUCUUGCCGCAUCUGCUCGCAGUGCGGGCGAGCAAGGGUGCCCGCACCGCGCUCAGUUGCGAGGCGGCCCUGGGCGAGGACGAUGGCUGGAUCACCGGGGCUUUAAUCACCGGGUUUGAGAUCGCGUCCGUCCGGGGGCCGCUCUGCGACGAACCCGUUGUCGACGUCCACUUCAUCGUCGAAAGCAUCGAGAAGAAACCGUCCAAAGACCAGGCUUCAACAUCUACUUCUUCGCAGUCGAUAUCACGCCACCAACUGGGAGGACACAUGAUCUCUGCCGUGCGGGAUGCGUGCAUGGACGCGAUGCUGCGACGCUCCACGGCGCGCAUUGCGGAGCCGGUUUUGCUGCUGGACUUGCAGUGCGAAGGCUCGUCGAUGGGCAAGGUGUACGGUGUGCUGGGCAAGCGCCGCUGCCAGACCCUGGAGGAGGGCUUCCGCGAGGGGACGUCCGUCUUUCUGUUGAAAAUCAAGCUGCCGAUGGUGGAAAGCUUUAACCUGAGCAACGAAAUCCGGCAUGUGGCCUCUGGGGAGGUGCACUACCAUGCGCGGUUUUUUGGCUUUGAAAUGAUAGAGGAAGACCCUUUCGCCGAGCAGGCGCGCACUCAGGAGGACGUGGAAAUCGAAGGGGACAACUUAUCGGAGGCGGCGACGCAAAACAUACCGCGGAAAAUUCUCACCUCGGUUCGCAGGCGCAAAGGCCUUGCGAUUGAUGAGCGAGUGGUCAAAGACGGCACAAAACAACGCAACCUGACGAAAAUGAAAUGAUGUCAGAGGACUUGAAUCUUCGACUUCUUGCACAAAUAAUACCGAGAUCAAGAACACAUCGACGAAUGAUGACUUUCAUCUUGUUCAAAGAAACAUACGCGACAAUUUCAAAAAACUCUCUGAGAAACAACUACAACGCCGAU